CCGCCCCGCACGGCCAGGCGACGAGCAGCCGGCCGUCCGGUGUGUAUGUGUUCGCGGGGCGCCGUCUCAGCCCCGGGAAGAUGGUGGCUGCGGCGGCGGCGACUGAGGCGAGGCUGAGGAAGAGGACGGCAGCGACGACAGCGCCCGCCGGCGGGGACGGCGGGCGGCUCCGGCACUGGGACGCCACCGGGGCUGGGAGGCCGGGGCUGGGGGCCGGGCUGCGCCUUCCGCAGCUGCUGCUGCUGCUGCUGCUCCCGCCUCUGCUGCUGCUUCCCUGGGCUGCCGAGGCCGCGGCGGCAGCGGCGGUAGUAUCGGGUUCAGUCGUCGCCGAGGCCAAGGAAUGUGACCGGCCCUGUGUCAACGGCGGCCGCUGCAACCCUGGCACCGGACAGUGCGUCUGCCCCGCCGGCUGGGUGGGCGACCAGUGCCAGCACUGCGGGGGCCGCUUCAGACUAACUGGAUCUUCUGGGUUUGUAACGGAUGGACCUGGAAAUUAUAAAUAUAAAACGAAGUGUACAUGGCUCAUUGAAGGACAGCCAAAUAGAAUAAUGAGACUUCGUUUCAGUCAUUUUGCUACAGAGUGUAGUUGGGACCACUUAUAUGUUUAUGAUGGGGACUCAAUUUAUGCACCACUAAUUGCUGCCUUUAGCGGCCUCAUCGUUCCCGAGAGAGAUGGCAAUGAGACUGUCCCUGAGGUUGUUGCCACAUCAGGUUAUGCCCUGCUGCAUUUUUUUAGUGAUGCUGCUUAUAAUUUGACUGGAUUUAAUAUCACUUACAAUUUUGACAUGUGUCCGAAUAAUUGCUCAGGCCGAGGAGAAUGUAAGAUCAGUAAUAGCAGCAACACUGUUCAGUGUGAAUGUUCUGAAAACUGGAAAGGUGAAGCAUGUGACAUUCCUCACUGUGUAAAUAACUGUGGUUUUCCUCAUCGAGGCAUCUGCAAUUCCAGUGAUGUCAGAGGAUGUUCCUGCUUCUCAGAGUGGCAGGGUCCUGGAUGUUCAAUUCCUGUACCAGCUAACCAGUCAUUUUGGACUCAAGAGGAAUAUUCUAACCCAAAGCUCCCCAGAGCCUCUCACAAAGCUGUGGUCAAUGGAAAUAUAAUGUGGAUUGUUGGAGGAUAUAUGUUCAACCACUCAGAUUACAGCAUGGUUCUAGCGUAUGACCUUGCUUCUAGGGAGUGGCUUGCACUGAAUCGUUCUGUGAACAAUGUGGUUGUUAGAUAUGGCCAUUCUUUAGCAUUAUACAAGGAUAAAAUUUACAUGUAUGGAGGAAAAAUUGAUUCAACUGGGAAUGUGACCAAUGAGUUGAGAGUGUUUCAUAUUCAUAAUGAAUCAUGGGUAUUGUUGACUCCGAAAGCAAAGGAGCAGUAUGCAGUCGUUGGGCACUCAGCACACACUGUCACCUUGAAAACUGGCCGAGUAGUCAUGCUGGUCAUCUUUGGUCACUGCCCUCUUUAUGGUUAUAUAAGCAAUGUACAGGAAUAUGACUUGGAAAAGAACAUGUGGAGUAUACUACAUACCCAGGGUGCCCUUGUCCAAGGGGGCUAUGGCCAUAGCAGUGUCUAUGACCACAGGACGAGGGCAAUCUAUGUUCAUGGAGGCUACAAGGCUUUCAGCGCCAAUAAAUACCGGCUCGCGGAUGAUCUCUACAGAUAUGAUGUGGACACCCAGAUGUGGACCAUUCUUAAGGAGAGCCGAUUUUUUCGUUACUUGCACACAGCUGUGAUAGUAAGUGGAACCAUGCUGGUGUUUGGAGGAAACACACACAAUGACACAUCCAUGAGCUAUGGCGCCAAAUGCUUUUCUUCAGACUUCAUGGCUUAUGACAUUGCUUGUGACCGCUGGUCAGUGCUUCCCAGACCUGAUCUGCACCACGAUGUCAACAGAUUUGGCCACUCAGCAGUCUUACAUAACAGCACCAUGUAUGUAUUUGGUGGUUUCAAUAGUCUCCUCCUCAGUGACAUCCUGGUAUUUACCUCGGAACAAUGUGAAGCACACCGGAGUGAAGCUGCUUGUGUAGCAGCAGGACCUGGCAUCCAGUGUGUGUGGGACACAGAGUCAUCUCAGUGUAUCUCCUGGGAGUUGACAACAGAAACACAACAAGAAAAAUUAAAAUCAGAAUGUUUUUCCAAAAGAACUCUUGACCAUGACAGAUGUGACCAACACACGGAUUGUUACAGCUGCACGGCCAACACCAAUGACUGCCACUGGUGCAACGACUAUUGUGUCCCUAGGAACCACAGCUGCACGGAAAGCCAGAUCUCCAUUUCUAGGUAUGAGAACUGCCCUAAGGAUAACCCCAUGUACUACUGUAACAAGAAGACCAGCUGUAGGAGCUGUGCCCUGGACCAGAACUGCCAGUGGGAGCCCCGGAAUCAGGAGUGCAUUGCCCUGCCUGAAAAUAUCUGUGGCGUUGGCUGGCAUUUGGUUGUAAACAUGUGUUUGAAAAUUACUACUGCCAAGGAGAAUUAUGACAAUGCUAAAUUGUACUGUAGGAACCACAAUGCCGUUUUGGCUUCUCUUACAACCCAGAAGAAGAUAGACUUUGUCCUUAAGCAGCUGCGAAUAAUGCAGUCAUCGCAGAGCAUGACCAAGCUGACCUUGACCCCAUGGGUUGGGCUUCGGAAGAUCAAUGUGUCCUACUGGUGCUGGGAAGAUAUGUCCCCAUUCACAAAUAGUUCGCUACAGUGGAUGCCAUCUGAGCCCAGUGAUGCUGGAUUCUGUGGAAUCUUGUCAGAACCCAGUACUCGGGGUCUGAAGGCAGCAACCUGCAUAAACCCACUCAAUGGUAGUGUCUGUGAAAGGCAGGCAAACCACAGCACCAAGCAGUGCCGGACGCCAUGUGCCUUGAGGACAGCGUGUGGAGAGUGCACCAGCGGCAGCUCCGAGUGCAUGUGGUGCAGCAACAUGAAGCAGUGUGUGGAUUCCAAUGCCUACGUGGCUUCCUUCCCUUAUGGCCAGUGCAUGGAGUGGUAUACCAUGAGCAGCUGUCCCCCUGAAAAUUGUUCAGGCUACUGUACCUGUAGUCAUUGCUUGGAGCAACCAGGCUGCGGCUGGUGUACUGAUCCCAGCAAUACUGGCAAAGGGAAAUGCAUAGAGGGCUCCUAUAAAGGACCAGUGAAGAUGCCUUCUCAGGCCCCUAUAGGAAAUUUCUACCCACAGCCCCUUCUCAAUUCCAGCAUGUGUUUGGAGGACAGCAGAUACAACUGGUCUUUCAUUCAUUGUCCAGCUUGCCAGUGCAAUGGCCACAGCAAAUGCAUUAAUCAGAGUAUCUGUGAGAAGUGUGAGAACCUGACCACGGGCAAGCACUGUGAGACCUGCAUAUCUGGCUUCUAUGGUGAUCCCACCAAUGGGGGGAAAUGUCAGCCAUGUAAGUGCAAUGGGCACGCAUCUCUGUGCAAUACCAACACGGGCAAGUGCUUCUGCACCACCAAGGGCGUCAAGGGGGACGAGUGCCAGCUAUGUGAGGUAGAAAAUCGAUACCAGGGAAACCCUCUCAAAGGAACAUGUUACUAUACUCUUCUUAUUGACUAUCAGUUCACCUUUAGCCUGUCCCAGGAGGAUGACCGCUAUUACACAGCCAUCAAUUUUGUGGCUACACCUGAUGAACAAAACAGGGAUUUGGACAUGUUCAUCAAUGCCUCUAAAAACUUCAACCUCAACAUCACCUGGGCUGCCAGCUUCUCAGCUGGAACCCAGUCUGGAGAAGAGAUGCCUGUUGUUUCGAAAACCAACAUUAAGGAGUACAAAGAUAGCUUCUCUAAUGAGAAGUUUGAUUUUCGCAACCACCCAAAUAUCACUUUUUUCGUUUAUGUCAGUAAUUUUACCUGGCCCAUCAAAAUUCAGAUUGCCUUCUCCCAGCACAGCAAUUUCAUGGACCUGGUGCAGUUCUUCGUGACUUUCUUCAGUUGUUUCCUCUCUUUGCUCCUGGUGGCUGCUGUGGUUUGGAAGAUCAAACAAAGUUGUUGGGCCUCCAGGCGCAGAGAGCAACUUCUUCGAGAGAUGCAGCAGAUGGCCAGUCGUCCCUUUGCCUCUGUAAAUGUUGCCUUGGAAACAGAUGAAGAGCCUCCUGAUCUUAUUGGGGGAACAAUAAAGACUGUUCCUAAACCCAUUGCCCUGGAGCCAUGUUUUGGCAACAAAGCUGCUGUCCUCUCUGUGUUUGUGAGGCUCCCUCGAGGCCUUGGUGGAAUCCCUCCUCCCGGGCAGUCGGGUCUCGCAGUAGCCAGCGCCCUGGUGGACAUCUCUCAGCAGAUGCCAAUAGUGUACAAAGAGAAGUCAGGAGUCGUGAGAAACCGGAAGCAGCAGCCCCCUGCGCAGCCUGGGACCUGCAUUUGAUGCUGGGGCCAGGGACUCUCCGUGAGUGAGCGAAGUGUGGCGAGGUGUGGUGUGCUAGAGCUGUCUGCAGGGAGGGAGCAGGCAGGAGACACUGUGCGGAGCGGAGCAGGGCAGAAAACUGGAACCCUCCACCUGGAAACAUCGACUCAUCUGCAUGUUCACAAGCUUUCUUUGACAGUUUCUCCCAUCUGUGCUCCAGCAUCUAACUUUUUAUUUUUGCAUAGGAAAUAAUUGAUUUACUUACAGGUCCUGGGGUGAUCCACAUGUUGCUGGAGGAGGCUGAUGUGGAGCCAGUGAGAGACCUAGGAAUGAUACUCAGGUUUACUUGUGGAAAACUGGUCUUGGGACUGUCUCAACUGUGCAAAAAACAAAGAUGUAGUGUUUACAAGUAAACAUGUGUCAUCAGUCGUUCUGGAACAAGGUCUUUUCAAAACUGGUCAGGUGAAUGGACUUCUUUUCAUCUGAAGCCUGCUAUCUUUUUAAAAAGAUGUGCAAUUAAUCUUUGCACGUUUUAGGCAGAUACCUCUCUUCCAGGGAGAAGCUUUUUUUCUAGUUGAGAACUAAUAAUGGUCCAUCUCUUUUGAAUCAUAUUAAACUGAAAUAGAAAGGAGCUAUUUUAAAUGUCAAGGUCGGCAGUGUUACUUAGAAUGUAAACUAGUAUUAUAAUUAGUUUUCUAUAGCUACUUGAUUACUUUAGUCUUAAUCCAUUUGAAAUUCCUCUCUCUCUCUCUUCCUCUCUCCCUCUCUCUCUCUCUCUCUCUCUCUCUCUCUCUCACACACACACACACACACACACACACACACACACUAAGUGCCUAGACUUUAAAUAGAUCUAGCAAUUGGAAAGUUAGUAAGCCUAAGUUUUUACAUAAUUGCAUUCCUACAUUCUUAUAAAAUUUAAAUAGCUACCAUUGGCAAUCUGCUUUUUUUCUAAAAUGUACUUUGCAGCCAGGAAAGAAUUCUCACCCCAAGCAACCUUUAUCCCAGCAGCAAGGACUGAGAAGGAAGCGGAAAUCACCUAACUGUAAAAGCUCCUGCUUGUAUUGUUGUCAAAAAGGACACUAAGUGUGAUCCCCAUGUGUCACCCUGCCUCCAAGUCACUCUAAGCCUGAUGUUUGCUUCAGCUUUUCUGGCCUCCUGCUGCCAGGGCGACACAGAAGAAAGGACUCACUCCUGUUACAUGUCUCCUUUGAGCAGAAGAGCAUGACAGCACCUGGAUCAAAGAGCGACUCUGUUCCUUCGCCUGCUCCAAGCUGUGGGCCAUCGCAGGCUGCGGUGGAAUCACACACAGGACAGGACAGGGACAGUCUCCCACUGUGAGCAGAACCUGCCCAAAGCCUGGAGGAGGGCUGGGCUCUUAGAACUCCUCCUCCUCAGACCCAGAUAGUGGCUGUGGGGAGGGCAGUCAACACUAAAAGGAUGAAAAGCACAUGGAAAAAAAUGGACAAGAAGAGAAAACUGUGCCAAAUGGGAAGUGACCAAAUUCAAGUGGGGUGGGCAGUCCAGCUUUCCUCCCAGGGCACUGCCUGGACAUCGUGUUGUCCGUCUAUGGUGCUCUGUACUCUGGCAUUAUGCAGCAGCCUCCCAAGACCUCUCUUUUGCUUCAAAACCUGGGGAUGGACCUCUAGACAACAAUGCUCAAGUUUGUGAAUUUGGAGAAAUAAAUACUCAGAAAAAGCAAAAACUGCGGCAUUUCACCUUUAAAUGCAGUGCCUAGAGAAGGAGUAUUAUCUUUUCCCCAGUACUGACCGACCCCACUUCCAUGAAGAAUUGUCUGGAAAGAUGUUUUCAGAGAAAUUGAACCAUAAAAUACUGUUUGGUGCACAAAACACCUCUACUUUGAGACUCACCUCUCAAAAAGCUGUGUUUUCACAUCACUGUAAAAGAACAGAUGGUUCUAGAAAAGAUCUCCACAAGCUCCCCACAUCCCUGUUCCAGGUCACGACACCUCCAGUGAGCUUGCCAUAGACUGGCCCUUCACCUCUGUGAUUACCACAGGCCUCAUGGCCAAGAGGGAGGCCCUGGAGAGGAUCCUGCCACAAAGGAAAUCCUUGUUUGUUCUAAGGAACUCAUUUUCCCUUGGCCAAAGAAGUCUCUUCCUCACUGUAGACCAUGCCUUGAAAUAACAUGCACCGUGUCCCACAGCCACCUGGUUAUUUUUUAUUUUCCUAAAGGAUAAUAUUUAGUUUUAGAAAGGAAGAAAGGAGCAAAUGAAGUUUAAUUCUGCUCCAACAGUGGAGAAACAGCUGAAUCCACCUGCUUCUCCUUUGCAGCCCAUAGCAGAUGGCUUCCUCCAGGCUCGGGCCAGGAGAGGGGAAUGGCAGGAGAGAGGGCACUUGACUUAGAGCCGGUUACCGAGAGGGUGUCACCUGGAACCUCAGAGAUGCCUGCAUGUCACGUGAGAGCCUGUAAAUAAACUAAAGUAGUCAUGACAACAUUGAUAUUGCACUUGUACAUAACUAUACAGUAGUGUCCGGAAUGUUCAGACAUUCGGAGUGUACAUAAAACAGAAAAAUAUUUAAAUGUAUUUUUAUUAAAUGUAACGGCAUCUCAGUUUCACCUAAUAUGUUUUUGUGCCAUAUACUGGAUAUCCAAGUUCAGAGAAUUCCUCUUGUUAGGCCCUGAAGCAUCGAUAACAAAAGCCAGGGAGGGCCCCCCAUCAUGCCAAUGUGUUCAAAUGCAUCUGGUACCAACUGGAUAACCCUUAACACCUGAAUUAUCUGUCAGCACACAAGAGAAAACUGGCAGCGCGUUCACUUAAACAGCAGGAGGCUUGAAGGGAGCAGGGAUCUUUCUGUUGCUAGUGUGGGCUCUGCAAGUGCAUCGUGAACCUGUCUGCCGUCCUCUUGGUGUUGUGGGUGGCCAGGGACAGCCAGUCUCAUCCUAAGACAUGUUUCUCGAAGUCUUUAAGUUCAAAGAUUAUACCUGUAGAAAUCAGAUUUUCCAAAAAGGGUGUUUCCAGGCUGCAUUUUGUUCUAGUUUUGUCUAAAUUUUUAAUGAUCAUUUCCCAGGAUCAUAGUUUACUAUACUGGAAACUGGAUGUGGGGUGGGGUGGCUAGUUUGUUGAUUCAUAGCUCCUGUUUCCCAUGGAGAACUGCACACCCCCUGGCCUCCCGCCCUCUCCUACCCACCUCUCUGCGCACAGUUUAGGGAGAAGUCUGUGCUUCCCUCUGGGGAUCACCUCCAAAAGGUGGGAGGAGGUGUGGAGAGAAGGCAACUCACUCCCCUGAGCUAUCCCAGAAGAAAAGCAGCUCUGGACAGAAGACUGGCAGCAAAAGGGAAACCUGGGAAUACCUGGGUGAGGCCAGGGGUGCGGGAGUGGAGACACACCGGAAGAUCUGGGGCAAACAGAAGGACCAGGGCACUGUCAGAAAAGGACAUUUUACCUUCAGUGCAAAUCUUACUCCUUCAACUUAAUGGAAUGUAUUUGGGUGGGAUGGGAGUGAUUCACUUCCUUGAGUGAUGGUGCCCUCGUCCUGAACACCUUUAAUCCUUCAGUUUCAUUCAUUCCACAAAUAAUCACUACACACUUACAAACAACCUAAGCUAACACUAGGGCAGUGACCGAGAUGAAAAAAAGCAGCUCCAGAAUUACAACAGAAUCCAGCUCCCAAACACAUUGUCCCAGGAGAUCUUUCCUUGUGGCUUCUGUGAGAAUUGGCCAUCCUGAGAACAGACCCCGGGUCUGCCUUUGGCUGUGUACCAGCUCCCAGUCUGAAAUGUUUACCCAGCUUACCAAACUCCACUUCAGAAAUCAUGGUGAUGGUUUGUAGAUAGGCCUGCCAGGAGACAUUUCCCUUGAGUGGUUCAAACUAAUAAACACCCUUGCCUGCAGGGAAAUGAUCUGGAGAGGAGGCGGAAACCAAGGCCUUCUCUUUUAAAGACAAUAAUGGAAGCGAUUUCCAGUAACUGAAUUUGUGCACAAAACAUUCUAAACACUAGUGAAGCCUGUUUCAUUGAACUAAUUCUGGCUCUGGAAAUGUUUUGUUCUAUAGUUAUUUACGUUUUGUUUGUUUGGAUUCAAGCUUAGUUUGUUAAUAUGUAUAAUUUAGCAUCUAUUGCACUCAUGUAAAUAUGGAGUAAGUAUUGUAAACUAUUUCAUUGCUGGGGAUUGUGGGUAUUAUACAUACAUUUAGGACUGCAAUUUUUUGGUAUUUUUUGUAUUGUAAAAUAACAGCUAAUUUAAGCAGGAACAAGAGAAUUAAGGGAGGUCUGUGCAUUUUAAACACAAAUGUGAAGAACUUGUAUAUAAACAAAAGUAAAUACUGUACUACAAACUUUCUUCUGAAAUAAAAGUA